AUGCAACGUCGUCGUGGAACGCGACAGCCCAAGCCGGCCUGGGACGAUACAGUGCAUGACUUGUCUGAGCACAAGCUUUCGUCCGCUGCGUUGCGCCGUCGCAAGGAAGCCCACGCGUCUCGCCACGCGAACCAAGCCAAGCAACUUUUGCAAGCACAACGACGUCGCAAUUUGGCACAACCGCAGACGCCCCCUCAACCACAUACCCCAACGACGGGUGUGUUCCGCUUGCUCAAAGCCUUCCGCAUGCAUGGGGCCCGGGGCGUGCUCACCCAUAUCCCUUCUCUCUUGUCCUCACCGCGUGAUGCCUGUGAUCGAUGCUUGUUUCCGCGAGCAGCCUUGCCAAGGCGGCGAUUUGUCUUGCCACCAAAUCAUGCAGGCCAGGCACCACUGAGACGCACCUUGCGCCCCGGACUUGAAGCAUUUGAGGACGACGACAACGACGUCCACGGUCAUGAUGAUGAUGAUGACGACCUGGAUUACGGCGCUGAGGACAACUACGUUUACACCGCAGAUUUGUUGCAGUCACCGCACAAUCGCCGGCCUCGAGGCGGCCAACCCGUUUUGGCAGCUCGAGCUUAUCGCACUGUUGUGCCCGGCACUGCCAACUCAUCCUUCGAGGAGACGCAUGCAGCUCACAACGAUACUGCAGCGCAACGUCAAUAUGGAUACCACGCUCCUGGGGGGGCUUCGGCGAGCCCGAGCGAGCGAGCCGUGGAUUGGGAGCACUAUGCGCAAGUUGUUUCGGACGCUCGAGAGCGCCGGGCAGAGCAGGAAUCACAAUUGCUCUCGUCGUUGGAGCGCGUCCAGGCCUGGGCAGAAAAAAGCGCUGACCAGAUCCAAGAGCCCAACUCUCCCUCCCGACUCACAUCAGCUACGCUUCAGCAACAGCAAGCGGAGCUUGCGGCGCAGACACAAGCCCAGGACGCAGCAAAAGCCUUGGUCGCACAAUUAGUAUCCGAGCGCGUGGAUCAAUUAGAAACGCGAUUGCGUCAGGCCUUGCAGCCGGGAACCGAGAGCCCCCGCUCGACCCAAGCCCCGGCCUCAGAUCCACUUGGGGCCACUACCACGCUUGCAGCGGGCACUGGACCCUCGAAUGGGACGCCCUCACACAACCGUACUGACGUACCUGGCACCCAGCUACAUGGCCCGAUGCUUGCUAUCCUCGAGUUUAUGGACCGGCUGGUGGAUGGCACAGCUCAGCUUUCGACCACGCAGGCGCAGCUCGGCGCCCAACAAGAGCGCACUGCAGAGCGCCUGAAUUCCCUCGAACACGCCCAGCAGGCGACAGACGCUCGCUUGGAGCAACAGCACGAGGUUCUUACGACUUUGGAAGCCUCCCUGAGGGCUCACGGGGAUGCACGCGAGCAAGCCGAGCAGGCAGCACAAGACCAAUUUGGCAGCGUCAAUCGACAGCUUGAGUACGUAAAUUACUCCAGCAACUUGGCUCGACCCUCGCCUAGCUGGGUCAAGCGGCCCAUUGGUCUGCCCGUCCUCACUCGCAUUGGACCACGCGUACCUAGACAAAUCUUGGAGCUCCUCAACUCUACCUUGGCGUUGACCAACGGUAGCCAUCGCGCCUCGCACGCGGUGCCCAUGGCUUCCGCAGCCCCCACACCGGCGGUAUCGGCGCCCGUGCCUAUGGCUCCGGGCUUGGCGGCUGGCGGUGGGGAGGCUGGACCGCCUCGGAUCGCACCUGGGCCAGGGGCAGUUAGGGCGGCGAGUCUGUCAGGAGGCCAGCCCCUGCCUACCAUGCAAUCACUCAGCGAGCCUCAGUACUUGCCGCCCGAAUUUCAACUGCAGCCGGAGCCUUUGUACGUACCGCUUCACCAUGCAGCACCCACCAACCAAGGUAAUCAGGCAUGGUGGCUCGCGACUACAGCCGCCCCCGCCGGAAUGCCAGUUGCAGCAGCGCCCUACAAAGUGCAGUCGGCACCCCUGGCCCGAGCUGAGGUGCCCACAGCACCGAGUGGCGAAUAUACCUCACCGCUGCCUGCUGCCUUGCGAUCAGCCAGCGCGCUGACGGGCCUCUCCGCCAGCCAGCUGGUGGGUAGCCAGCGGCAGGUGUCAUCGGCCUCGCACACAGCCUCGCCUCAGCUGCGGCGUGCCACAGCCUCUGUUACCACGGCUGCCACCACUGGGACCGGCCCAGGCGUCGGCGAUGAUCCACAUCAAGAUCGGUUGGAGGCCAUUUUGGCACGCCUUCGUGCAAGUGGGCGCGAAUUGGCCGCAUCCACGCACUUUGGCGCAAACUUUGGAUAA